CACAUGGUGCUCUUUGAGAAUGCCGGUGAGCAGCGUUUAGCAAAUGGUUUUUUAGCUUUUGAGGGUAUAAAAACCCUAUAAGCAUACAAGUUUGUUGCAAAGAUGAUGGCACUGUCGGAGCUCACCGAUGACAUUGUUGGGAGCAUGGCCGUUGGAGCCACUUUCUCAGAUUUUGGUGGGCAGAUAAACUCACUUGAUUUUCAUCGGACAGAAGAUUUACUGAUAACCGCUAGUGAGGAUGACUCAAUUCGACUUUUUGACAUUGCCAAUGGGAAGUUGCUGAAGACUACAUAUCAUAAGAAGCAUGGAGCUGAUCGAAUAUGCUUUACCCACCACCCUCAUUCUGUUAUAUGCUCUUCAAUACACAACUUGGAUGUGCAUGGAGAGUCUUUGCGGUACCUAUCCAUGUACGAUAAUCGAUGUCUUCGUUACUUUAAGGGACAUAAAGAGAGGGUUGUAUCACUGUGCAUGUCUCCGGUUAAUGACAGCUUUUUGUCUGGAUCUCUUGACCAUAGUGUGAGAAUAUGGGAUCUUCGCGUAAAUGCAUGCCAGGGGAUUUUGCGUCUAAGAGGUAGGCCUGCAGUUGCUUAUGACCAACAAGGCCUCGUCUUUGCAGUGGCAAUGGAAGGGGGUGCCAUCAAAUUGUUUGAUUCAAGACAUUUUGACAAGGGGCCCUUUGAAACCUUCCUAGUGGGUGGAGAUACAGCUGAGGUUUGUGACAUAAAAUUCAGCAAUGAUGGAAAAUCAAUGCUUUUAACAACUACUAGUAAUAGCAUCUAUGUGCUUGACGCCUAUGCAGGAGAGAAGCGGUGUGGGUUUAAUCUGGAUCCUUCCCCAACAGCAAUGGAGGCAACCUUUACACCAGACGGCCAGUAUGUUUUUUCAGGUUCAGGAGAUGGAAGCUUGCAUGCGUGGCACAUCGACACGCAAAAAAAGAUUUGUAGCUGGGAUAGCCACAUAGGUGUGGCAUCGUGCUUGAAAUGGGCGCCAAGAAGAGUCAUGUUUGUUGCUGCAUCAUCAGUUCUUACCUUUUGGAUUCCUGAUCAUAGAGGUCCUGGUGAAGCCGCUGGAGUCCAAGUAGAAGAACAAGUUACUCUUACUCAAUGACGUCUUUAUAAGUUACAUGUAGGUGUAAACACACCUGGGCACUCUUAGAAGUUAUAUGGCCAUUGUUGAUUUGAUUCUUGUCAGUGCUUUUAUUUCCAAAUGUUUGAAAUUUUAUAUGUCCUUUGGCUUCUCAAACCCUAUCUCUUCGAUAUGGAUUUUCUCAA